AUGUUGGUUAAAAAAACUAUUACUUCUCUCGUUACGGCUCCUAUUACCCAAAACAUUGCUUUAAUUCGUUUAUCUGGACUCCGAACUUAUCCAAUUAUUAGCCAAAUUUUCGACCGUUCUUUACCGGAAUAUCCCCAAAAAAAACCACAAUUAAUUUUUGGCAAAAUUAUUAACUCACAAAAAGAAGUUGUUGACGAAGUAUUAUUACUUUGUUUUUAUCAGCCGCGUUCUUUCACUGGUGAGGACGUAGUAGAAAUCAGUUGCCAUGGUAAUUUAUUUAUUGUUAAUCAAAUAUUACAAUUAAUUUUGGAAAACGGGGCGGAAUUAGCCACGGAGGGUGAAUUUACGAAACAAGCGUUUUUUAAUGGCAAAUUGAAUCUAAUUCAGGCUAACGCGAUAAAUGAUUUAAUUCGGGCUCCUAGUCUGGAAGGAACCAAAUUGGCCCUUCAUAAUUUAAGCCCCAAGACGCAAAAAGAAUUAGAAAAUAUUGAAAAUGAAUUAUUAGAAAUUAUUGCGACUAUUAAAGUAAAUAUCGAUUAUCCCGAGUAUGACGGAGUAGAAUAUUUAACUGGUAGGCAAGUUUUGCCCCGUUUGAAUAGUUUAGUAGAAAAAUUAAAAAUAAUUAAAGAAAAUGGGAAAAAGGCUCGUGUUUAUCAAGAAGGCUUAAAAAUAGCCAUAGUAGGUAAGCCGAAUGUGGGAAAAUCUACUCUUUUAAACGCACUAUUAAAAGAGGAAAAAGCCAUAGUUUCGCCCCUGGCUGGCACUACUCGGGAUAUAGUGGAGGCCCGUUAUAAUUUAAAUGGCAUUCCUUUGACUUUGUUAGACACGGCUGGUAUCCACGAAACCCAAGAUAUGGUGGAAAAAAUUGGCGUAGCCCGAAGUUAUCAAGUCUUAGAGCAGGCCGAAAUUAUUUUUUUUUUAGUGGAUAAUUCUCGACCUUGGGACAGCAGUGACGAAAAUAUUUUUCAAAAAAUUAAGUUAAAAAACUAUUUACUUAUUAUUAAUAAAGUAGACAAACCCACUAAAUUACAAAUCUCUCCUUGUCUCCCCCGUGAAAAAAUACUAAAA